AUGAACUUGUUGCCAAGUGGAAUAUGUUUUUAUCUAUCUGUGGCAAUCUUCUGGCUGACGGCCGAGGUCGAUGCGUCCUGGUGGUACAUGGGCACCCUGGGCUCCCAGGUCAUGUGUGACAACAUCCCUGGCCUGGUGAACAAGCAGCGCCAGCUGUGCCGCCAACACCCCCGAGUGAUGCAGGUCAUCGGGGCUGGGAUGAAGGACUGGAUCUCAGAGUGCCAGCAUCAGUUCCGCAGCCACCGCUGGAACUGCAACACCACGGCGAGGGACCACAACCUGUUCGGACGCCUGCUGCUGCGCAGCAGCCGCGAAGUGGCCUUCAUGUACGCCAUCUCCUCGGCUGGUGUGGUUUACACGUUGGCACGGGCCUGUAGCCAGGGUGAGCUGGACUCCUGCUCCUGCGAUCCCACUAAGAAGGGCUCCUCGCGGGAUGCCAAGGGCUCCUUCGACUGGGGCGGCUGCAGUGACCACGUGGAGCACGCCAUGCGCUUCAGCCAGGCCUUCGUGGACGCCAAGGAGAGGAAGGAGAGGGAUGCCCGGGCCCUCAUGAACCUGCACAACAACCGAGCCGGCAGGAAGGCUGUGAAGCGCUUCAUGAAUCUGGAGUGUAAAUGUCACGGCGUCAGUGGGUCGUGCAGCGUGCGGACCUGCUGGCUCGCCAUGGCUGACUUCAGACGCACCGGCGACCACCUACGGAAGCGGUACAACGGCGCGGUGCAGGUCGCCGUCAACCAGUACGGCACCGGCUUCACUGCUGCACACACGCACUUCAAACGACCUAGCAAGAAUGACCUGGUGUACUUUGAGGACUCACCAGACUACUGCAUACGAGACCACGAGUCAGGGUCGAUGGGGACAGGAGGGCGGGUCUGCAACCGGACGUCCCGAGGAGUGGACGGCUGCGAGGUGAUGUGCUGCGGCCGGGGCUACGACACGUCCCGGGUCAGCCAGACCACCAAGUGCGAGUGCAAGUUCCACUGGUGCUGCGCCGUGCACUGCCAGGACUGCCACCAGCAGGUCGACGUGCACACCUGCAAAGGCCAGACGUGACCUCGCCGCCGCCAUCACUGAACACUACUGACCUGCUCACGUUACAGCAGCAAGGUCACACUGCGUCACGUAGAGUGACAGCAAGGGACUCGCCCACUGAUCACCUGUCAAUCAAACAGUAGGUAGUUAGAUUCUCUGUAAAAUGACGCUUAGGCCAAACAACACGAGACACAGACACGCCACGUCUGUGUGUUUGACCACGAAGCUUCAAGACUCCAGAUGAUUAGAGCAACAGGAUUAAUCACUAAAAUGAAUGAUCAGUGCAUUUAUUCAAAAAGAAACUAUAUUGAUCAACAUGAAUUCACAGCUUCUACAGUG